AUGGCCAUGACUCAAAUGACCUACAAUACAAUGCAUCUGUCGUCACAGUCGCGAUCUGGUGCGAUCGAGGGGAGUCAGGCUGCCCUGGCUGAACAGUCACAGCAACAGAAUAUAACGGGAGCUUAUGGACACUAUGCCAUGCAGGGGCAGCAACAGGGGGUUUAUCAAAAUGUGCAGAAUGACCCAGGCUGGACGCAGCGAGUCUUGGAAGAGAUGAAGGACUUGCUUCUCUUGCUAAACGCCCAGGGUCGGAUCACGUACGCGUCGCCGUCAUCGAAAUCGGUCACCGGUCGUGCAGCGAAACAACUCGAGGGCAGCCUCUUCACGCAGUAUAUUCAUGAGGACGAUAAACCUAUCUUCUUGAGAGACAUGGAUGACGCGGUGGCGACGAACAAAUCAUUCCGAACGCAUAUACGAUUGCAAAAGUCGAACAGCAAUUACUCCUUGGUCGAAACCUACGGCCAUCCACACAUCGCGAACGAAAACGGGACACGGGGGAGGGCGAUCCAAGAGCGCUGUACAGGCUUCUUCAUUAUGUGUCGACCUUACCCCACGAAGAACUCCCUGCUUCUCGACUCAUUCUUGGAGCACAAGAUUGAGAAUGCACGCUUGGUACAGCAGAUCGCCAAGCUGAAACAGGAAGAGGAUGAGGAAGCAAACCUAUCUCGGCUAUCUUACACAAAGAUUGAAGAGAAAAUCCUCGAGGCCCAAGCUACCGCUCAGGGAAGUGGCAGCGAUCAAGAGUCGACUGAGACCGUUGCACCCAACUCUGACGAGUCUGACGGUGCCGCAGGGGAUUAUUUCUCCGAGAAUGCCCCUCGCGGCGAUGGUCUGUCACAUAUUGACGGUAUCGAGGUGAUGACCGGCCUAUACUAUGGCGAGGGCGAGAGAUCCCAAGGAAUUAGUACUGGUCUGCGCCGAGGCCGACUGAUUCACUGUGACAUUGAUAUCACCACCGCAGCCGAUCAAGCCCGGAAUGUGCAAGAAGGUGAUAGGCGCAAGAGGCUGAAGGGACAGCACGUCUGCGCUGACUGUGGAACGGCCGACUCACCAGAGUGGAGGAAGGGCCCCAGUGGUCCUAAGACGUUGUGUAAUGCCUGUGGCUUGCGCUGGUCCAAGAAGGAGAAGAAGCGUCAGGAGUCUACCUGA